GUGUUUUCUCAUAUAUAGCAUUAAUUAAAAAGAUAAUCAGUUCUAAACUUGGGUAUUCUGAAUUUUGUUGCAGGGGAUUUUAAUCAUGUACGAUGUAACGAACAUGGAUUCGUUUAACCACCUUUCUUAUUGGCUUCGAAAUGUAGAGGAGAACGCUUCACCUGAUGUAGUGAAAAUGUUGGUUGGAAACAAAUGUGAUGCGUUACACCUGCGGCAGGUAGAGAAAGAAAGAGGUGAAAAGAUGGCAGAUAGUUUCGACAUUCCUUUCUUCGAGUGUAGUUGCAAGCAGAACAUCAACAUUGAUGGUGCCUUCUUAACCCUAGCUAGAGGUAUCAGGGAACAGCGUGAAAACAAGGCUAGCAGAUUUGAAGAGACGGAGAAAUUGAAACUGGAAAGGGCAGAAGGGAAAGAAACAAAACCAGAAACCACCGGAAGAUGUGGCUGUUAACUUUGGAACGUGAAAAAUAUGGAAGGAACGAAUAGCUUUUCGUGCCCCCUACCUUCGCAGACAUUCCAGAUAACAUCGGUAAAAUUUCAGAAAGCAGGAACCAAUAGUACACACAUGAAGAAGUGGCCUUCAACACUGUAUCUUGAGCAUAACUCGUAGCUUUCAGAAGAUCAUUAUAAAUAGAAGCCAGUGUUUGUACCCCUUGAAAGGAUGUUUAUAAUGUUCUGUUAGAUGUAUAUAUGUAUGGAUUCCAUAAGUUAGCCACGUUAUAAUAUCUGUACACCUCGCAUGCUUCCUCUAGCUUCGUAGCACCUACAAUAUCUACUUGUUAGUUGUAGCUUUAAAAUUAACGCUAUGCUUCCAAGAACUAGCUAUAAAAUAAGAGAAAGAAAUGUAUUUCUUUUCUUCUAUUAAGGCAUAAUUUUCUGCCUAACAUUUUCCACUUAAGAAAAUAUAAUUAUGUAUAUAUAUGAUUAACUUUACUAUAUAUAAAGAAGUCCGAUAGUUUUAUUACGAAUUACAUAUAUAGUACUCUACAAAUUUACGAAAUAAAACGUGUGUUAAGGCUGUAACUACACGUGUUAAGACCGGUAUGAAAUCUUUACUUCCAGUAUUUUAAUACAUAAUCAACAAACUUCGUAGUGAGUCCACUCAAAUAAAAAUAAUUAGUUUCGUAUAUUUAUACUCAACUCGAAACCGUUAAAAAAAUACAGUAACACAGAAACCCCCUUAUAACACUGAAAUCGUAUUUCGAUACCCUAGAUGGACUCGGUGCAGUUAUCCCAAUAUGUAGAUUUGCGGCUAGACACAAAUCAAAACAGAAAAAUAAUUGAUUUGUAUGUGGUUAAGUUUUGUAGCAAAAAAGCAUUGGGAUCACAGAAUGAAAUGAAUUAGCUACAACAGAAUCCAUUAAUUAAUUAAAAAAUUCAACUUGUUUUCCGAGACAAAUUACAUCUUAAGAAUGGAUUGUAAAACAAAAUUUUAAAAAUGGUAUUUUCUUGCAAUUACACUUGCUACUACACAAAACAACCUCGCCCAUUAGCCCUAAAAAACCUCAAGAUAUCCUCAUAAAGGAAAUUGUAAGGAUUAUAUAAACUAAGAUAGUAUUAGAGAUUAUAUGAAAGGUAGUAUCAGCCAACAAUUUAAUUCCCCAUGUUUCAUGUAUGGUAAAAACCAGCUUAAAAUUGAUUCCUGCAUGAUGUUUCACAUAUUAUCAUCUUGAUCUAUAUAGAAAAAUUGUGAUAGCAGUUACCUUUUUUCCAGAGGCAUGAAAUCAUAUAAUUCUUAUAUCAUUUUGUAUAUUUUAAAUGUAUUUUAUUGUGAAAAAGACACGUCUAAAUCAUUAUAAAAAAAUUAAAGUGACAUACUACAUGUCAUCAAGUACUAGUUUUUCAAUGUACGUUUUCAUGUAGCAAUGCUUGAGCAUUUGUGAUAUACGGUUGUGUUUAGUCAAAGUUGCCUUUUUGCACUUAACUUCUAAUUUCAAGUUCUCCAUGGAUGUACGAUAGUAAAUUGGGAUUAAAACUUGGUAUUCCAAAUAUAA